AUGUUUGCUCCAAAGACAUCGGCGCCUGCGACAGGUGGCCUGUCCAUAAGUACCGGCGGCACCAAUUCUUUAUUCGGCAAUACACAAAGCACAACCACGCCUGCUGCAGGCGCAGCAAGUACGACCGGCGGUCUUUUCGGAAACACCUCGACGCAACCCAAACCCGCAGGCAGCAUGUUCGGAGCUGCGGCCUCUCAACCAGCACAAAACGCCGGUGCCCCUGCCACGAGCGGCGGCCUUUUCGGCAACACAACAACCACACAGCCCCAGACAGGCAGUUUGUUUGGCGGAACACUUGGAGCGGGCGCUGGCGCUGGCACCAACACUACUCAGAGCGGAACUGGCUCCAGUUUUCUCGGCAGCAGCAUCACUGCUGGUGGUAACGCGAAUUCCACAAUGCAGGCCGGCAAGUCACCGUUCGGUGGACUAGGUGGUGGACUCGGUGGUGGUUCUUCUACGCAAACUGGAACCUCGGCCUUUGGUGGGCUUGGUGGUGGUCUCGGCGGCGGACUUGGUGGUUCAACACUCGGCGGUGCCCAAAGCAACCAACAGCAGACUCAAAAACCUAGUCUCUCGGUCUUCAACACUGGCACGGCACAGGGAACACAGCCCUUACAGCAAAACAACAAUUCGGUUGUCCAGGGUGUCAAGGUCGACCUUACCAACCUGCUACCCACUACGAAGUUCGAGAGCUGCGCUGAUGAGAUUCGCUCCGAGAUCGAGGCGAUCGACAACCACAUUCUCACUCAGAUGAAGUACUGUAACGAGGUCUCAGACCUGCUCCCUACGAUCGAAAACCAGGGUUCUCUCAUUCCCAAUGAUGUCGAAUUUGUGCAAGGAAAAUUAGAAACGAUGCAGAACGCACUCGAAAAUGACGCCCGCGACAUUGACGGGCUCCGCACUCUUGUUUCUCGCGAUGCAGCCGAGGCGCAGGUUGCAUUCCGGGCUAUUGACACACUGAAGCUGCCCCUGCAGUACCAGUCGAACGGCGGUGGAUGGUGGUCUGUGCAGGACCAAAAGGCCCCCGAGAUGCGCUCGACUCGCAAGAACACCCUCGCCCUUCCCGACGAUGUGGAGGGAGACCCGUCCGCAACUACCGUCAACGGCGUCCCCGUCAACCUGGUCGACUACUUCUCACACCGCUCCGAUGAAAUGGGAGCUGUGCUGACUCGAUACACCGGCAACCUUAAGGAGAUUGAGGACCACCUUCACGGCCUCGAGGCCACCCUCAACCGCCAGAUCAACGACUUUGUGAGCUCCAAGUCUCGCGACGGACCUUCCACUGCGCCCAAGUCCACAGUGAAUGAACUUGCCGCGGUCCUCGGGGAUGUCGAGGCCGGCAUCAUGGGCGUCGCAGGCCGUCUCAGUACAGUUUCGGAACAGGUCCAGGACAUUUCAAUGGGGACUACUAUCGGAGAUGGCCGACUCAACCUGGGAUGA